AUGUACACAUGCAGAAAUUUUCUCUCCCGCUAUCCAGUGCCUCGUUCCGAACUUUUCCCCACUCUUCCGUACGCCCAGGACUGGCUUGGCACCCCCACUAGGUCCGUUUGGCCGCCGUCAUGGUCACAUAUCGGCGGUCUUUCUCCUGUUCCACCUGGUCUGCAAACCCAUCAUACUUCACCUCGGCAUAAUCAACUUUUUGGCUCUUUUGGUCAUACUCAGCCUGCACAACCGAUACAUCCUAACGGCUUGUUUGCUUCUGUGUAUUAUCUGGCCACUCGGUAUCUCGCAGGCCCUGCAGCCGGCCAAUCCGGUUCUUCGUUUUCCCCUCUACCUUUAGACCCAGCCACCCAGUCAGCGGUCGUCCAUGAGACCGACUCUAGACACAAGGCGGCUUCUCUUCUCCUUCAACCCUUUUAUCUUGCAGCGACUCCCACAGGUCAAACCUAUCCGCAGCUUUAUCGGCCUCAAGCACAGUUGGUCUGGCCGGGUGCUCCUCCUGUCUCUUCUGGUUAUGAUGGCGGCUACACUGGGUAUUCUGGUAAUCCCAAUUACGGCCUAUAUAGUAGCAGCAUUAUAGGUCUAUACAAUAACGGUAUCGCUGGUGGACUGAACAUCGCUCAGGGUAGCUCAUCAUCACAACACAGCCCGGUUGGCCCGGUUGCUGGCAUCGCAAUGACUUUGUUCAUCGGGAUCGCUCUUACUGUAUAUUGUUUUCGUCGGCGACAACAGCGUAGCAUCACUUCGUUAGACUGUAGUGUCAGGCUUCCGGAGGAAGGACUAGCUACUUCGAGCAGAGCAGCUCCAGUGAUCAGUAGAUUGUGCUGCUUAAUGAGAGGCUCUAGCCGUGAUCCAAGAAUGGAUUGUUAUGAUCCAAGCACUUGUCAGGAUCAUAACCUAACUGGUUAUUGCGAUACACCAGUGACUGCUGCUGGACCUACAUCCAAGGAGAGUGGUGACGAUGAGAACGAACUUUCUGAGUCUCUGGGGGGCCAGGGAAAGCAUAUUAUAGGCAAAUCCUUCUUUGGUCGUCCCAGGACGGAUGAUGACGACCUGGGUGGAACGGGCGUUGCUGUUGCCUUACUGCUUCCAGUCGAAGCUGACUCCUCGCCCGAGAUAAAUAGGAUUAAUCAUUCGAAGCCAAGCGUUAGAAGUCAAGAAGAUCAGUCUUGCAGAUCAGCCGAUGUCUACCACAAUGAUGACGGCGAUAAUAAUAAUAAUGAGAACGAUGAUAAAGACCAAGCUGGAGAAGAAGCUACUGUAGAUAAGCAUGAAAGUGGUGCAACGAAACUUAACAAGCUAUCUGUGGUCUCAGGGUCAGAAACUCUUCUACUGCAGACAAGGAAUGAUAAUGCUACGGCAGAAGCAAUGGUUCAGCCAAAGGCUGUUUUUCUGUCGCAUUUAACGGGGCUGAAUGAGAAGACUCGAGAAGUCGCUCACUGGGGCAAGUCCAUGCGUGCUGAUCUUGCAGUCCCUAGACCUGGAUAUGUGGAACAAGUCAGAAUCGCUAAACUAGGAGGGUCGGCAACCAUUGCCCCGUCUAUCGAGAGAAACCAGGAUGCUGAGGUUUGGAGGAUAGUCUUUGGUGCAAUGGAUAUGUUAGAUUUAUAUUGGUUUCAGCCAUGA